AGCAUCCAAGAAAGUCCCAUGAUCCACAUCCUCCUUCCUUGUAAAUAGGAGUCAUGCCGUCAUUGUGUCUUAACAAAAUAUACCGUAAUUUCACUGCAACCUAAAAAAGGGAAAAAGUUUAUGAGGGAGGAAGCAUGACAUCAAACAUUCAUAUUCUCUCUUUUUCUUGUAACAUAUUCUGAUUCUCUGAAGAAGAAGAAGACCAAUCAAAAUUGAAAUCCCACUUCACCAUUUUCCUCUUUCUGAUCGACUCUCAAGUCUUAAUCUUUAUGUUCAUAAUUUUGUUUUAGAGAGAGAGAGAGAGAGAGAGAAUGGGGGUGGAUUAUUACAGUGUAUUGAAGGUGAACAAGAAUGCUACAGAAGAUGAUAUAAAGAAGGCGUAUAGGAAGCUGGCCAUGAAAUGGCACCCGGACAAGAACCCUAAUGACAAAAAAGAAGCAGAAGCCAGAUUCAAGCAGAUCUCUGAGGCUUAUGAGGUGUUGAGUGAUCCUCAGAAAAGACAAGUUUAUGAUCAGGAUGGUGAAGAAGGUUUGAAAGAUAUCCCACCACCUGGAAGUGGUGGAUUCUCAUAUGGAGGUGGAUCCAAGGGAUUUAAUCCUAGGAACGCGGAGGACAUUUUUGCAGAAUUCUUCGGAAGUAGUCCUUUCGGAUUUGGAUCAUCAGGACCUGGGAAAUCCAUGAGGUUUUCAUCCGAUGGAGGGGGGACGUUCGGGGCAUUUGGUGGCGGUGGUGAAAAUAUUUUUCGAUCAUAUAGUGAAGGUGUCACGCCAAAGAAACCACAAGCAGUUGAGAGCAAAUUGCCAUGCAGCCUUGAGGAGCUGUAUUCUGGAUCAACGAGGAAGAUGAAGAUAUCAAGGAGUGUGAUUGAUGCAAAUGGACGCCAAGUGACGGAACAAGAAAUAUUGACGAUUGAUGUGAAGCCAGGAUGGAAGAAGGGAACCAAGAUUACAUUCCCAGAUAAAGGAAACGAGCAGCUAGGUCACCUGCCGGCAGACCUUGUCUUUGUGAUCGAUGAGAAACCACACAGCACUUACAAGAGAGAUGGCAAUGACCUCAUUGUGAACAAAAAGGUGACAUUGGCCGACGCAUUGGGCGGAACCACGGUGAACUUAACCACGCUUGAUGGUCGUGAUUUAUCAAUUCCGGUGACUGACAUUGUGAACCCGGGCUACGAGCUUGUCGUUGCCAGGGAAGGUAUGCCAAUAGCAAAGGAGCGUGGGAUAGGGGUGAUUUGAAGAUCAUAUUUGAGAUCAGGUUCCCUACAAGACUGACCCCAGACCAAAGAGCUGGACUUAAACGAACAUUGGCAGGUUGAAGAGUCAUAUAUGUUGACCUAUGUUCCAUUGUAGAUUGCCCAACAGUUUUAGAGAGUCACAUACAAUACAAGUCUAAUCUGCACUUUUUGUGUAGUGUGUAUGAUAUGUUUGUACAAACACUGACUCCUUACAUAUAAAGAGUCAUUUUACGAUCGUUAACUGCAAAUUACAGUCUAACACUAAUGCAAAAACAACUCGUUAAAUUUACAGAAAUAAAAAUUUAUGCACACA